CCGCGCGCGCAUCCUGCGUAAAGCACCCUUAGCGGUAAUGCGCUGAUAUUGUCCGAACAAUAUUAGGACGAGUUGAACGAACUUCGGGUCCGCGAAUUUUUGGACUCGAAGAACUAAAAUAUUGAACUUAGCAUAAACUGACUGUGGUUAAUCCAGCGUGACGUUUCACAUAUCGAUCGAUCAUUGCUACCCAAAUAUUUUAUCCUUAUUAAUCGUGAUGGACGAACUUAGACUUAAAAAAGUAUUUUGUUUAUUAUUUUAAAUUGUGUUAGACUUUAUUUGCAUUGGAUGUUAUGUGCAUGUGAUUAUGGAGACUCUAGUUCUGAUUCCUCAGGAGUUGAGUCUGGCGUUGAGGCCAGGGGGAGCUAGGGGGAGGGAGGCAUCUGUCAGCGUUUGGUCAUCGUUGGAGAUCCAAAGGGGUGCAUUAUUGUACCCUUUCCAAGGGACAAUCAGGAUCGACAAGCUACAUGUGUACUCGUACGUGCCUGAUCAUGACGUACGUCAUCGGUUUGGUUUGUUCGAUGAAGUUUGCACGUCAGGAGGGGUGCAGGUUCGACAUUGUAAUUGGGUGCGAUUUUUGCGAGUUUCAGAGAAUUAUGGACCUCAAGUAAACCUAGUCUGUACAAAAGUCAAAGGCGAGCCUGUCUACGAAGCUGUGAAACCAGUCUCAGCUCAUACGGAGUUAGUGGUUUACUUCCUUCCUGAAAGACCCGAAGAGUUAUUCUUCGUUAGAAUGAGGAAUAAUUUGUACAGACAAACUAUGGACUCUAUAUUAGAAGAUUCACCAUUAGACCUUUCAACCUCACUACUUUCAAGAGUCCUUUUACCUAUUUCUCCUCCUUCGGGUCCAGAAGACGAACACAAAUCCAUAUCUGGUGAUUCAUUAACAUCAUCAUCAGCAGGAUCAUCAAAUGAACUAUUAGAAAUGACACCUAAAAUCCAAAGAAGACCAACAAAGUCGGAGCGAGCCCUGUUACCUUGUGAAGUUUGUGGGAAAGCUUUUGACAGGCCAUCAUUAUUGAAACGGCAUAUGAGAACGCAUACGGGUGAAAAGCCACAUGUUUGCAUGGUAUGUAACAAAGGCUUUAGUACAUCAAGCAGUCUCAACACACAUAGACGAAUACAUUCAGGAGAAAAGCCUCACCAAUGCCAGCACUGUGGGAAGAGGUUCACGGCCAGUUCGAAUCUUUAUUAUCAUCGUAUGACGCAUAUAAAGGAGAAACCCCACAAAUGCAGUCUCUGCUCCAAGUCAUUUCCAACUCCCGGUGACCUAAAGUCCCAUAUGUACGUACACAGCGGGUCCUGGCCUUACAAAUGUCACAUCUGUUCUAGAGGUUUCUCGAAGCACACCAAUUUGAAGAAUCAUCUCUUCUUACACACUGCGAAGCAUCAACGGAACAAUACACGCGACGCUACUUGAAGUGUGCGGCUAAUGUAAAGCUACGUAUUCAAUCAUUCAAAAUUAUUUAAAGACUAGAAAUAUAAAAAGUGUGAUAUUAGAGGUUAAUUAUUUUUAAGUGUUAAAUUAUUCAGAUAGUUUUAUUUUAUACUGUAUUUUAAGUGUAAUUUUAAACUAAACAUAGGGAUACAAUUCCAUUAAACGUAAAUUUUAAAGUUUUCUCUAUAUUAAAACGCACUUGAAUAUAAUUAGACAUAUUAUGACGAUAUUACGUCACAGAGGACUCUGAAAUCUACAAUCACUUAAUUUUGCUCAAAAACAACGGUAAAAUUAAUUUAUCUAAUGAAUAAGAAUUUCUUAUGCUAUAAGUUAAAUGAAACUUAAAAUUAUUUAAGUUUAUAUAUUUGUAGUGUGUUCAUAAAAUUUUACUUUGUAAAUAAAUUUCCCGCCUUCAUAGAAUUAAUAUUAUGUAAAUAAAAGGUAGAUUUAUAAUAAAUACUACAUAGAACUAUGUAGAUAUAUCUUACAAAUAAUGUAAACCUACGUAUGUAAUAUGUAUUCUUUGUAACCUCCGUCCAAAAUACAUUCAAAAGCGAAUUAUUAAUUUAUAAAAUGAAUAUUUAUAUAUUUAAUUUUAAGUGCCUUUUAGAGUAUACAAAUAAAUUUUUAUACCU